AUUUUCAGGUGAGUAAGUUACUUUCACUUUCAUUUCUAUAUUUAUAGAGGAGGACCUACUUUUAGGGCCAACUGGGUAGACUCACGAUGAAAGGCCACAAUUUGAGUUUUUCAGAAAAAUCAGACUGUUCUUUGAGUGAAGAAUGGCAACAAAGGGCUGCGGAAGAACUUAAUGAAACACCUGAAGUUGUUGAAAGAGAGCUUCGUGCUCUGAAGGAAUUGGUUAAACAUGAUACCAAUUUGAGCGUCCCGGAAGGAGAUGACUUUCUAAUAAGGUUCCUGCGGGCGAGGAAGUUCGACAGCAAAAAAUCCUUUCACAUGAUUCAAAGGUACUUCCUGAUGAAACUGAAAUGCCCUGAAUUGUUUGAUUGCCCUUUGCCUUCCGAGUGUUUAGAUAUUUUCGAACUACAAGCACAAAACAUGCUUCCACGAAGAGAUAAGUUUGGAAGAAGGGUUUAUAUUAUUAAAAUAGAUAACUUCGACGCAGCGAAAACAACAAUAGAUGAGGUUUUCCGGCUAAACAUUUUGGCCAUGGAGCAAAUAGUUCGCGAGCCAGAGACGCAGGUAUCUGGAGUGUCGAUUCUCCUGGACAUGGCAGGUCUCAGCUUACAGCACAGCAAGUUUUUCACGCCUUAUUACGCACGUAGAACAGUUGAGCUGGUGCAGGAGACUUUCCCGCUUAGAUUCAAGAGUUUUCAUGUGGUCAACGAGCCUUUCUACUUUGACGCGAUUAUUGCGAUACUCAAGCCGUUCCUCAAGGAAAAGAUCAGGAAACGAAUCGUAAUGCACGGUACUGAUAUGACCUCCCUUCACGCUUUUAUACCAAGUGACAUCUUACCUGCUGAGUAUGGGGGUACUGCAGGCAACUUUAACAACCGAGAAUGGUACAUGCAACUCCUUGUAGAUGAGCAGUACUUCAGAGAUUUAAAAAGCUAUGGAUAUAAAAAUGAGGAUCUUACGAAAGAAUAAUAUUUUUAACCUACAACCCAUGAUUGCCUGGAGCCAAAAUUUAAUUUUUUUUUAGCCUGACAUGAGUAAAAACCCAUACAUGGUGUCUCAUUUUAACCCUUCCACUUAAACAUUUUGGAAACUGCGUAUUUUAGAGAAAAGGUGACCUUGCCUACAAAUUUCAAGGAAAUUUCAAGGUCAAACGAAUAUUUUUUGAAUUUUUCACAUUCAAAUUGAAAAGGGAAGCAAAUUUUGUGUCCGAACAUCAUCUUGACCAUGACCUUGGCCCUUCAAGGACAUGCAAGGUCAAAUCAAUGCACAGUUGUGGGGUUUGUGAGAUCACCCUAAGGUGACCUUGACUUUGUCAUUGAAAAAAAAACGGAAAUUUCACAUCCAAAUGUCGUGUCAAGCUUGAAUGCUAUUUGAGGUCAAGGUCACACUCAAACCUGAAAUUUUGUCGUUUUUCCAUUUCCAGUACAAAGACGAGAGGUUUCCUUUGGCAAUUUUGAACGCCAAGGUCAUGAUCAAGGUCACCUUUGGGUGAUCCCAACAAACCUCACAACAGUGCUAUCGAACAUUUUUGCUAGAGAAAUUGUUUUGAAGGUCUUGAUUUGACCUUGAAAUACCUUGAAAGCAAAAGUCAAAAUCAUGGCUAAGGUGAUUUUUGGACGUAAAAUUCACUCAGUUUUUCAAUUUCUAUGUGAAAAGAAAUUCCAUUUGAAAAUAAUCACUUGAAAUUGAAACGGCCUUGAAGGUCGUAACCAACGUCAUUUUCAAGGUCACCAUCAUUUUGCCUCAUCGUAACGCUACAACUUUUGUUUAAAAGUUUUUUUCUAGAAUUUGCAGUUUUGACAUAGGUGGGGAGGUUAAGAUGGGACACCGUGUAUAGCAAAAACAGGGAGCAAUUGUAACAUUAUUCAUCGGAAGUGUAUUAAAAAUCAAAAAUUUCCUUGAAAACAAUAAUAGAUAUACGCCAAAAAAACCUUUCAGCUUGAAAAAUGACAGAAGCACUGGUCAAAAAGUUGAAAAUAACCAAUAUGCUGGUUAGAAUGAGUCCGUACAUCCGUACAAGUCGUUAGAACGGUUCAACUUGACGUUAUAAGGUUAGAAAUGUAUAAUUCCCCUAGUCGUCGUAGUAAUGACGUUUCAAAUACGUCACUGAUAUCCA